UUUGGAAAUGAACAAGACAAAGGGAAGCAAAAAGUGAAUGAAGAAGCUGAAGCUGAAGCCGAAGAUUGGUGCUUUGUUUGUAAAGAUGGUGGGAAGUUGCUUCUUUGUGACCACAAGGGCUGUGGGAAAGUUUAUCAUCCCACGUGUGUUGGUAAGAGAAAUUCAGUAUUGAAGUCUGAAGGUCACUGGACCUGCCCCAGGCAUUCUUGUGCUGAAUGCGGUGGUCCCCCAUGGUAUUUUUGCCUCAUGUGCCCCGAUUCUGUCUGUAGGCUCUGCGUUAAGACUUAUGAGUUUGUGCCUGUUAAGUUGAACAAAGGACUUUGCAAAACAUGUUUCGAGCUCGCACUACUUGCAGAAACAAAUGCGGAAGUUGACUCUGAAGGGGACAAGCUACACUUUCAAGAUCCGGAAUCCUCUGAUUUCAUGUUUAAAGACUAUUUGUUGAUAAUAAUGGAGCAAGAAGAGUUGAAGUUUGACGAUUUGUGUCAUGCUCAGUCUGAGACAAAGAACUAUGAAAGUGGCUCGGAUUGUGAUAAGAUUAAGGAUAAAGAUGCUAUGAUCACAAUAUCAGAUGUUGAUAGAGAGUCGAGUUCUGCUUCAGAUGAUUCAUUUGGUAAAAGAAACAAGUCUCAGAAGAAACCAGGGAAAAAGAAUAAGAUAUGCGAUCUUUUCAAAGCUCAUUUUGCCGAUACUUUGGAACUAUCAAUCUUGGAUGACAAGGUGAAUGAUAGUGGAAGUCGUUUGGUGAAUGAGAACAAACAGAUUACCUCGGAAUACAAGAGGCCGAGAACAUCAAGCCUGGAUAAAGUACCUCUUGAGAAAAAGGCGGAAUAUGCAGUCCGUAAGAGUUAUGCUUCUAUAGUUGCUGAAAAUAUGAAACUUGUGUACUUAAGGAGGAGCUUAGUGGAGGAGCUGUCAACACAGCCAGAUAAUUUCGAAGAAAAGGUUGUGGGAAGUUUUGUUAGAGUGAAAGGAAUGCCCGGAAACUGUUCAGGGUCAACGUUUCAGCUUCUGCAAGUUAUAGUCUUAGUCCCUUUACUUCUCAGGCAUAAAGAAACCUCAAAUGCUGAUGACGACCAGGUAAUUCUCCUUGAGGUUUCUUGCUUGCCAGUUGAUAUUCCUAUCACUAUGCUAGAUGACGACGACAUCUCAGAGGACGAAUGUGUAGAUCUGCAGCAGAGGAUGAAGGAUGGAAUUCUCAGGAAACCCACAGUCGUGGAGCUUGAAGUAAAGGCCAAAAGUCUGCAUGAAGAUAUAACAAAGAAGUGGAUUCAACGAGAAUUGGUCCGAUUGCAGAGUAAAAUUGCUUUUGCGCACGAGAAGGGACGGAGAUACAUGUUGGAACGAUUUCUAGACGAGCGAGAAAUGCUGAAGAAACCAUCCGAACAGCAACGACUAAUUCAAAAGUUGCCGAGAGUUAUUGCCGAGGAAUCGAGCUCCCCGGGAAUUCUUUAUGAACAAAUUGCUCCACUGCUGUCUACAUUUCUAACCUCGUUCACUUUCAUCGCACUGUUGCCACUAUUGUAAUAACACUGAAAAAUCAUGGCUACAUUCUUUGGAUGAACUAUUGUAACACUCCAAUUUAGGG